AUGCUCAUGGAUAAUACCGAAUUAAUAGCCGUUGGUUGGGGAACAACGUAUGAAAACAGUGAACAUGCAUCUGACUCACUUCGUCAAGUGACUUUGACUGCUAUCAAUUCAUCUAGUAGCUUGUGCACAAGUAUUGCCCAUGACAUGACAACUCACUUAUGUGCUGGAACAAUACCAUAUAGUGGAAAAGAUACUUGUCAGGGUGAUUCAGGUGGUCCAUUGAUGAUAUUUAAUAACGACAAACAAUGGGAAAUACAAGGUGUUACAAGUUAUGGUGAAGGUUGCGGUAGACGAUAUACGUCCGGUGUUUACACUCGAGUUGGCUACUAUUUAGAUUGGAUUAAUCAAACCAUUGAAAGUAAUCCUGCUACUACCACUACUACUACUACUACUACUGCUACCACCAAAAGAACGAAUGCUUUAUCGAAAGUAAUCAUCAGAAAAGUGGAUGUAUUACUUAUUUACUUUCUCGUUUUUCUUAUAUUUAAUUAA